AGCCAUUUUCAAGCCGCAAGUUUGAGCCACUUAGAAUUUUCCCUUUUCUGCUCCGCGCGAAGCGAUGGGAGCACAACUUCAGGCUUGUGGCCGCAUUUGCUGGCGUGACCCUCCACGUGAUGCUCGCACCACCCACAGCUCCAAAGGCUGCUGGGCCACUUGGCGACGAAACACGGCUCCGCUCGUUCACCGCUUUCGCCGUUGACCGCGUGUUCGCCUCAGGAGGACGAAUGGGCAAAAAGCCGGGUGAAAGGAACACCGAUUUCAGAUGAAGGCUUCAUUUGUAUGGGAAGCAAAGCUCCCAUUUGCCCAACAUCCGCAGCAAUCGUUCGAGAAGGCCCCAUCAACCUGUCAGUGCUUCAAGGAUCAUGGCUCGGAUCUGGAGGUGCUAAGAUCACAGUAACUGGCACUGAAGUUAGCAUCAAUGGCCUGCCAUUGAAGGCUCACAAGGUAGAGCUGAACGAUGAUGGCUUAGUGGUGAGCAUUGGCAAACUCUGGCAGUUGCAGGGAUGGGCUUCCAAUGGUGCUAUCGAGUUUCGAGCAUCAUCCACACGGGAAAACAUGGAGUCGGCUCGAUCUGAGAUAUGGACUCCGGCGCCACUUGCAACUUCAGAGCAGAUGUCAGAAAAGCUCAAGUUGCUGGGUUAUGCAGGGAGUGCUGCAAAUCCUUUGGCUCGCGGGGUGGAAGGUUGUAUGCCAGGCACCACUGGUGCAGAAAUGGGAUACAACGCGAAGAAGGAUGCAGAAGAGGUGUCACUUCUUUGUGCACUUGUGAGUCAAUGGCGUGAGCCCGAGACCUGCAAGGUUUGCCCUAGACUCGUCAUUCCGGACUUCACCAACCGAUCACAAACAGGCCUUGGUGUCGAGUUGCUUCACUACGUGGCGACGUCCAUUAGGCAGAAGGGCUUUCAGAAGCGAUCGCGGCGGCAAGGUCAUGACAUCCCGGUCUUGGUGCGAGAACCUGCUGGGUCAGAUUCCAAGGAGGAAGCCUUGAAGGUUUGGCGGGGUCGUGUGGCAGAAGAGGAGGGGUUUCCUCCUGUGCGAGUUCGAGAUGACGAAGAGAUUUUCACUUCAUUGGGGAAUGGCCAUUUUUUUCAGGCAUUGAAUCUCUUCGACACCCAGUGGAAGGCCAUCAACGAAGAUACUAACUAUGCAGUCGGAUCAGAUAUCCAGCUUCAGGAAGCUCUCAACCAAGGAGUUGUCAGUGUGAUUCUUCGCCACUCGACCCCUCGUCCAGUCCGAGCAAAGAUUGCCGACUUGCUGAAUGCCAAACGGGAGUUCAUGUGGACUCUGGAUGAAGAUGGUACCGUGGACACUGGAAACUCGAUCGAAAACACUGACUACUGCUCUCACUUCGAAUGGCUGAGCAAGGGCAUGGACGCAGAACAGGUCAACUGCUUGGUCCGAACGCACUUGGGCAUCAAAGACAGCAAGCGCAUUCUGGGCUGAGAAGAAACGGCGAGCGGCUCCGUGAGUUCAGGGUUGGUUGGGUUUGUGGUGGGGUCACUGGUGCCAACGACCCCAGGCCGAUCUGUCCG